CGCGGCCUGCGCCCCGGCUGCCCCGCGCAGCCCCGCCGCUCUGCCGGGGGCCCGGCCGGCCUGUCCGCGGCGCUGCUGCGCACCGAGAGCUUCGUGGGCGGCCGCUGGCUCCCGGCCGCCGCCGCCUUCCCCGUGCACGACCCGGCCAGCGGCGCCCAGCUGGGCUUGGUGGCCGACUGCGGGGUGCCCGAGACCCGCGCCGCGGUGCGCGCCGCCUACGAGGCUUUCUGCAGCUGGAGGGGCGUCUCGGCCAAGGAGAGGAGUUCAUUACUUCGGAAAUGGUACGACUUAAUGAUGCAAAAUAAGGAUGACCUUGCCAAGAUCAUUACAGCUGAAAGUGGGAAGCCGCUGAAGGAGGCGCAGGGGGAAGUUGCCUAUUCCGCCCUUUUCCUAGAGUGGUUUUCAGAGGAGGCCCGCCGCGUCUACGGAGACGUCAUCUACACCCCCGCCAAGGAGAAGCGGGCGCUGGUCCUGAAGCAGCCCCUCGGGGUGGCCGCGGUCAUCACGCCGUGGAAUUUCCCCAGCGCCAUGAUCACCAGGAAGGUGGGGGCCGCCCUGGCCGCCGGCUGCACCGUGGUGGUGAAACCCGCCGAGCACACGCCCUUCUCCGCCCUGGCCCUGGCCGAGCUCGCGGACCAGGCUGCAAUUCCUCCCGGCGUGUACAACGUCAUUCCCUGCUCCAGAGCGAAGGCCAAGGAAGUAGGAGAAGCACUUUGUACUGACCCUCUGGUGUCCAAAAUCUCCUUUACUGGCUCAACAGCUACCGGAAAGAUACUGCUGCACCACGCAGCUGGCUCUGUGAAGAGGGUCUCCAUGGAGCUGGGCGGCCACGCCCCGUUCAUCGUCUUCGACAGUGCCAACGUGGACCAGGCUGUCGCGGGAGCCAUGGCAUCCAAAUUUAGGAACUCUGGACAGACUUGCGUUUGCUCAAACCGUUUCUUGGUGCAAAGGGGUAUCCACGAUUCCUUUGUGAAGAAAUUUGCCGAGGCAAUUAAAACGAACCUGCAUGUGGGUAAUGGAUUUGAGGAGAGAACUACUCAAGGCCCAUUAAUUGAUGAAAAGGCAGUAGAAAAGGUAGAGAAACACGUGAAUGACGCAGUGUCCAAAGGCGCCACCGUUGUGACAGGCGGGAAGCGACACCAACUUGGAAAAAACUUCUUUGAGCCCACACUGCUCAGCAAUGUCACCAGGGACAUGCUCUGCUCUCACGAAGAGACGUUUGGGCCUCUGGCACCAGUUAUCAAGUUCGACACAGAGGAGGAGGCUGUGGCGAUCGCUAAUGCAGCUGACGUCGGGCUGGCAGGUUAUUUUUACUCUCAAGACCCAGCCCAGAUCUGGAGAGUGGCGGAGCGGCUAGAAGUGGGCAUGGUGGGCGUGAACGAGGGACUGAUCUCCUCUGUGGAGUGUCCUUUCGGCGGGGUGAAGCAGUCUGGCCUCGGGAGAGAGGGGUCCAAGUACGGCAUCGACGAGUACCUAGAGCUCAAAUACGUGUGCUUCGGGGGCUUGUAGGACUCGUCAGUGCUUUAAAAAAUAAAAAAAGGAAGCUGACGUGCA